AUGUCGACUGGUGCUUUAUUCAUCCGUGACUCGCGCACUAACGUGAACUAUGAGAUUCCCAUUAACCAAAACGCAGUACGGGCGACCGACCUUCAGGAGAUCCGGGCGCCUUCCCUCAAUAGCAAUCGCGGAGACCAAGUCGCCCAUGGAUUACGUGUCUAUGAUCCUGGACUGCAAAACACGGCUGUGACACAGUCAACUAUCAGUUUCUCUGACCAUGAGCACGGUUUACUUUUGUACCGAGGGUAUACCCUAGAGCAACUCUGGGGAUGCGACUUCGAAGAAAUGUUCCAUCUGCUGCUAUGGGGAACAUAUCCUACAGAAAGUCAAUGCCAAGAGCUACGCCAGCGGCUGGCGCAGUAUAUGCAAGAGGUCCCUGAUAUUGUGCGCCAGACUAUCUUCAAUCUCCCGUAUGAUGACUCCUGGUUGUGUCUACAAUUUGCGUUUCUAACUAGCAUUGGAAUACACAGGAGGACAACCAGCCCACUACCGCUAAUUCUAGCCGGCCUUUCAGCCUACCUGGCCAGUGUACCCGAGGUGAUCCCAGCGACGACAAAUGCGACAAUUUACCAAAUGGAUAUCAAAGGGGCCGACCAAAUCAUCCUACAAACCGUUGCCGCCUACGCUGUUGUCUUUGGAGCCGUACGAUCACACCGACUAGGCAUUCCUUGGAGGCGUCCGACUCUUCACCAGACCUACUACGAGAAUCUAUUCACGAUGGCUGGUCUUGUACCCCCAGAGUCAAAUAUCCCAGAUCCUACACGCAUAUCCUGCUUCCGCCGCUUUGGCAACCUCAACGCCGAGCACGGAAUGGCCCUGUCAGUCUUCUCAGCUCUAGCGACCGCCUCAUCCCUGACUGACCCUGUGUCCUGUCUGAUAUCUGCUGUGGCUGCCGCCCACGGACCCUUACACUUCGGCGCAACAGAGUCCGCCCAACGCGCUCUCCAUGACAUCGGAGAACCAAAGAAUGUCCCAGCCUUCAUUGAAGAAAUAAAAGCCGGAAAGCGAAAAUUAUUCGGCUACGGCCAUCGCACGUAUAAGGGAAUGGACCCGCGCGUGCGUCCGAUCCAAAGUAUCCUGAAGGAUCUGACUGAUGUUCACCAACCGCUAUUGAAAGUCGCCGAAGCGAUCGAGGAGGCUGCUACGAAAGACGAGUACUUCCGUAAACGGGGCCUGUAUCCCAAUGCGGACUUCUACGGCAACUUCGUGUUUACUGGAAUUGGCUUUGAGCCUGAAAUGAUUCCCGCGGCAAUGCUUGCUCAUCGCAUUAUGGGUAUCAUGGCGCAUUGGAGAGACUACAUGGUCACUCGCGGCAAGCUAUUUCGACCUAUUCAUCUGUAUACGGGCCAGGCAGAACCAACGUCAGCCCCAAGGCCUAAGAUAUAG